AUGGCUUCAAAGGAAGUGCACGUCGUCAAGUCUGCCGACAUUCAACCCUCUACUUCCGGCCAGACAGAUGGCAUGACUCGCAUGCCAGCCAUCACAAACCUCUCAUCGAUUUGUAGCUCCAUAAUGCUGGCCUCUCCUCACUCUGCUUCAGCAGUUCACCACCACGGCGCCGAAGAUACCAUCGUCUAUGCUGUUCGAGGUCAAGGUGCCGUCGUUAGUGAGGGAGGCAAGAAACGCCAGGUCUUGAAGCCAGGAGAUUUCGCUUUAAUUCCUGCGUAUCAAGAGCAUCAGGAGGUCAAUGACGGAGAUGAGGAGGUGCAGUGGGUGAUUGUGAGGAGUGGUACUGAGCCCGACGUCGUCAACUUGGAAGGAUGGGGUCAGAGUUAG